CUCCGAGGGGCGGGCGCCCGAGCGCGGCUCAGCCCGAUCUGUCCGCCGAGCGGACCGAGCUGCCAGGCGAGCGCGGCCGCGGGAGGCGGGCGAUGGGGGCAGGUGCCGCCGGCUGCGCCAUGGACGGGCCGCGCCUGCUGCUCCUGCUGCUCCUGGGGCAGGUGGCCCUCGGAGGGGCUGACGAUGAGGCGUGUUCCACGGGCCUCUACACCCACAGCGGCGAGUGCUGCAGAGCCUGCAACCUGGGCGAGGGCGUGGCCCAACCGUGUGGCGCCAACCAGACCGUGUGUGAGCCCUGCCUGGACAGCGUGACGUUCUCGGACGUGGUGAGCGCCACGGAGCGGUGCAAGCCGUGCACGGAGUGCGUGGGGCUGCAGAGCAUGUUGGCGCCGUGCGUGGAGGCGGACGACGCCGUGUGCCGCUGCGCCUACGGCUACUACCAGGACGAGGCGACGGGCCUCUGCGAGGCGUGCCGCGUGUGCGAGGUGGGCUCGGGCCUCGUGUUCUCGUGCCAGGACAAGCAGAACACCGUGUGCGAGGAGUGUCCCGACGGCACGUACUCGGACGAGGCCAACCACGUGGACCCGUGCCUGCCGUGCACGGUGUGCGAGGACACGGAGCGGCAGCUGCGCGAGUGCACGCGCUGGGCGGACGCCGAGUGCGAGGAGAUCCCUGGCCGCUGGAUUACAAGGUCCACGCCCGCUGAGGGCCCCGACAGCACGGCCCCCAGCACUCAGGAGCCGGAGCUGCCUGCAGACCCCGACCUCACCGGCAGCACAGUGGCAGACGUGGUGACCACCGUGAUGGGCAGCUCUCAGCCUGUGGCCCCCCGGGGCACCGCGGACAACCUCAUCCCGGUCUAUUGCUCCAUCCUGGCCGCUGUGGUGGUGGGGCUCGUGGCCUACAUUGCCUUCAAGAGGUGGAACAGCUGUAAGCAGAACAAGCAAGGGGCCAACAGCCGGCCGGCGGACCAGACGCCCCCGCCCGAGGGGGAGAAGCUCCACAGCGACAGUGGCAUCUCCGUGGACAGCCAGAGCCUGCACGACCAGCAGCCCCACACGCAGACAGCCGCGGGCCAGGCUCUCAAGGGGGACAGCGGCCUGUACAGCAGCCUGCCCCCGGCCAAGCGGGAGGAGGUGGAGAAGCUGCUCAACGGCUCGGCCGGGGACACCUGGAGGCACCUGGCGGGCGAGCUGGGCUACCAGCCGGAGCACAUAGACUCCUUCACCCGAGAGGCCUGCCCCGUGCGUGCCCUGCUCGCCAGCUGGGCCACCCAGGACAGCGCCACGCUGGACGCCCUCCUGGCCGCCCUGCGCCGCCUGCAGAGAGCCGACAUCGUGGAGAGCCUGUGCAGCGAGUCCACGGCCACGUCCCCGGUGUGAGCCCCCGGCCCCAGCCCCGCCCCCACGUUCCGACCACGACCACCACCGCCGCCGAGGCUCCCGCCAGCGCCCACGGGCCCGGCCCGAGACCACAACCCUGUCCCCGAUCCCGAGUGGUCACCCCCGCCCCCAGCACCGGAAGUGCCCCUGACACCCCCUCCCACCUCCGCCCCCCACCACCUCAGGCCUUCGGCUCCCAGCUCCCUUCUCGGUGGGCCAGCCCCUCCCACAGCGGCAGGGGACACCAGGGAUGAUUAGGGGGGACCCCUCCCCCCGACAAGGCCCCAGAGACUCAGAGGGAGCCACUGAGGCCCCAGAGACAUGGACUCUACACUGUGAACUGCGGGAGCAGGGGGCGUCUCCCCCCUGAACCCCACUCCCCGCUCUCCUCUGGCCUAAGGUGGGAAGGACCAGCUCCUUGCCAGCCGGAAGGCGCCUUGAAAUCUGUCGCCCUCGUUUUGAACCAGGACAGCGAGGCCCCAAGAGGGGCAGUGCCUAUUCAGAGCCGCACAGCCGUGGGCUGGCCCCCCUCAGCACCGGGGGGCACAGACCUCAGGUUUGCUUCAGGUCCAGGAGAGGGGGAUGCCAGGCCCCCACCCCCGCCCUCGCCCUCACCCCCGGGUCUGUCCAAGCCGGUGGAGAGGAGAGGCUUUAUCUGAGACCUGGCCCGCGGGUCUCUCGUGGCCUGGGUCCGGCCGAGGCAGAUCUGCGGGGGUGUCCUACGGCAUCUCUGGUGGUUGGUGCCCGUCACCCCGGUGCUGGCCGGGAACCAACAGAGGCUGCAGCUAAAGGACCCCCCACCUGGAACACAGAACACACGCAGACACGAUGAGGAAUCUGCCUUUCUCCACGAGUUCCUCCCCAGGCUGGACCGGAUCCUGCCUGGGGCAGCUGCCAGAGGCGCAUCGGAGGGGCUUCGCGAUGUCUUCCUCGCCCCCGGUUUGGCGGGCCGAGGGCCACGGAGGCCGGCCGGGGCUGUCUGCCAGAGGCCUGCGCGUGGAGGACUGCUCCCCCCACCCCGCCCCUUCCCUGCAAGCCUGGGUUUGGCUGGGCCCCCAAGGUUCCGAUGGAGGAGAAGGGGUGCAGGAGGGAACGGGGCCAGAAGGAGCUGAGGCAGCCGGUGGCCCGGCCAGGGCCUCUCACACCUUCAGAGGACUCUGUGAAGGACUCACUUUCCCCUAGCUUGGGGCCAGGAAUCGGCUUCGAGGCCCCGCCCUGGCCCCUUCUGUAUUGCUCGAUGUUGGAAUGAGAGCAGCUCCCCUUCUAUUUAGCAUGAUUCAGCCCGGGCAGGGGGUGCACGGGGCAGCCGCCCCUCCUGCCCCAUGGAAGGCACGGGGAGCCUUUUGUGUAGCCCGUGUGUCUUUGACCUCAGCUGUGGGGGGGAAACAAGGACACUCAACCUUACGCCGGAGGGGUGGCCCAGAGUGGGCCGAUUUCUUUCCCUCCCUGGCAGCUGGGGAUGGGGUGGGGGGGUGCCGGGAGCUUGCAAGUACGUUUUCGCAUGUGUUUGGUUCUGGGGCCCCUCCUGGCACCUUUUUGGGUUGAGAUGGAACCCUUCCCCCCUGCUCCCGGCUGUGUCUCCUCAGCUGGGGGCUGUGUGAGCCCCACACUCCCUGUCAGACCCCCCCCCCCAUCACCUGCCCCUGCAUCCUGUGUAAUCUUUCCCUGGGCCCUUCUGAAA